AUGCAACCAGUUACCUCUACCACGCCCGAACGGCUUCCUCCGACAACCCACCUCGCACAACGGCUCAACCAUCCGCACUACUACGCCAACUCGGCCCUGUGCCUGCCCCUACCCGCCGUCCUCGUCUCGUCGUCUCGAGCCUCGACCGCCCUCACGACCGCGCUCCUCGCCACGCCCGUCCUCUUGUCGCUCUCGGCGGCUCUGCGCAAGCGAUCCGAGAAUCUCGAAACCCUGCACGCGAGCACGACGUCGCAGCUGCGCCUGUUCAACCUGUGCGGCCUGUUCUUCUGCCGCAAGCCGCUCGGCAUCUCGGGUUGGUGGACUCUUGCCUACCUCUCUGCGUGGCUCGCCGUCUCGUUCUUCCUCCCUCAGCCCGACUACCUCGGGCCGUCAAAGAUGCGCGCUCUGAACGGCGAGGAAUUCGAAACCCAGAUCCUCCUUCUCCCGCCGACCUCGACCUUCUCCUCGGACUCGACUGGCGCCACCCCGAGCCCGACUCUCGCCCACCUCGUCCACUUCCACGUCCCGCACUCGUCCACCUCACGCGACCUGCAGAUGACGCUCUCGCGCCUCUCGGCGCAGUACGCCUCGCCAUCGCUCUCCUUCUCGGUCCUCGACGCGUCGGCCGACGAGAACCAGGGCGCGUGCUACGACCUCGGGCUCGCGACGGGCCCGACGAGCAGGGACGUGCCGCUCGUGAGGCUGUACGUCGGGGGGAAGGUGAGGGCCGAGGCGCCGGCGAGCGAGGGCGAGGCCAGGAGGGCGGUGCGGAGGAGGAGACUGGCGGAGAAGAAGGCGCGCAAAGGUGGGCGGGCGAGCGAGGAGAGUGAGGAGGACGAGAGCGAGGACGAGCGGGAGGUCGAGCAGGAGAGGGCUCUAAGUCGGUACCGGUGGGACACGAGCGCUGCGGCAAUCGAGCGCACGUUCAAGCUGCGAGAGCGCUCAGGCCUCGCGACGGCGGCGGCACCCUCGUAGCCUUUCCGACUCUGCCGUCGCACUUGCAAUUCGCAGCACAUGUCUCUCUACUCGUC